AUGAUGGCGGCAUGUGACCACCAUUAUGGCAGAUAUCUUGCAGUUGCCGCGAUAUUUGGAGGCAGAAUGAGCAUGAACACUAUCGUUUACGACAUUCCUCCACGGGGAUUGGAAAUAUCAGCUACGAUCACCAGCAAUUCGACCGCCAUCCAGGAAAUUCUCAAAAGGAUUUGUGUCCAAUUUGCGGGUACGAGCCUUUUUUCGGCUUUUUUUCAUCAGAAAAGUUUUAGUGUGUUUUUUGCCCAACUUUUCGUUGAAUGCAAGUCGUCGUUUUUAUUGGAGUAUUAUUCCUUCGUGGUGGUAGAUUGA